CACUAUCUCUAGUCUCCUGGUACGUUGUUAAUGAUGGAGAGGCUCAAAUCGCUCAGGCGCGUUUCCGAAGUCUUAACAAUCUUCUUGAUCGUAGGCAGUUGCUCAGGAAAAACUGUCCCAGCAGUUUUCAUUUUUGGAGACUCGCUGGUCGAUGCGGGAAACAACUUCUACAUUAAAACAUUGGCAACGCCUGUGAGUCCAAAUGGGAUUGAUUUUGGUACUCUAGGGUCAUCAGGACGAUAUACGAAUGAUAGAACAAUUCCUGACAUCAUAGGAAAGUUUUAUUUUAUUUUUUCGACGUCUGGUGAUCGUAUCACUUUCGAUAUGCAGAUCUCUUGCUUUGAAAACACUAGGCAAGAAAUUAUCUCCAGAAUCGGUGAACAUGCAGCUAAGAGUCUUCUUACUCGAUCUCUAUACUUUCUUGCUAUUGGCUCAAAUGAUGUAACGUUUUUCAAGCGUAAUACUAAAGGAAAGAACUUGUCUUCGGAUGCUUACACUGACAUUGUCAUUUCAAGAUUCAGAUCUCAACUUACAAGACUGUACCAUUUGGAUGCCAGAAAAAUUGUAGUGGCAAACGUUGGUGCGGCUGGUUGCAUGCCUUUUAUUAGAGGUAUGUAUCCUCCAGGAAAUGAGUGUCUUGCUUCGGUGAAUAGCGAUGCCAAGUUAUACAACAGUAAACUGAAAGCGCUGCUCGCUGAGCUUACCUUGAGCAAUACAAAAUCAAAAUAUGUUCUUGCUGAUGCUUAUGCUAUUUUGGAAGAUAUUAUUAAGAAUUAUGAAUCAUAUGGGUUUGAAAGAAUGGAUUAUGCCUGCUGCCACAUUGCUGGAAUACAUGGCGGCUUAUUUCCAUGUGCUAAUGGCGCUAAAGUUUGUGCCGAUCGAAGCAAAUACGUGUUUUGGGAUGCCUUCCAUCCCUCUUAUGCGGCAAACAUGAUUGCGGCCAAGUAUUUAAUGGAUGGUGGCUCAAAAUAUAUCUCGCCAGUGAAUAUUCGACAGCUUCUGAAUUAG